AUGUAUAGAUCGCGCCAUCGGUCAUCGUCUAGCCAGAGUCCUUCAAGUAGAAGUAGUAGUUGUUCUUCGUCGAGUAGUAUUUCAAAUCGAUCUGGUGACCACAGUCGUAAAGCCUUCCACUCAAGAACUCCAAGCAGCCCCACAAUUUUUAGAGAUCGUGAUUCUGACGACAGUGAAGAACGUCGUGAAAGAAGAGCACUUCGAAAACAGAUUCGAGAGAAAGAAGCCGCAUAUACUGAACGCCUUCGUAAAUGGGAAGCGAGAGAAAGACGUCAGGCUAAAUUAUAUGAAAAGGAUGAACAACGUGAAAAACAGCGCAAACGUGACUUGCAGAAAGAAGCACGAAAACUUAAGCACUUUCUUGAAGAUUAUGACGAUGAAAGGAAUGAUCAAAAAUAUUAUAAAAGUUCAUCAUUGUUCCAAAGACGACGUGACUUUGAGCGUGAACGUGAGGCAGAUGCAAAGGAUCGUCAACGGGAACAGCAGGAAAUCGAAGAAUUGAAAAAGCAAAUCAUUGCCGAAAACCAAAAUAUUGAGAAUGUGGAGGAAGAGGCAAGAAGGCGGCACAAUGAACAAGAGGAAGCUUUACUUCGUAAACUACGGGCCGAUUCAGGAAGCCCUAAUCCUCAUCGACCUUUGGGACAGAAACCACUUCAUGAAAAAACAGAUAAAGAAGAAGAGAGUGAAGAAUCUGAAAGUGACUCAGAAAGCGAUGCCAGUGCGGAAGAAGCGAAAAAUAUUAAUAGUACUUAUGAGAGACUUAGUAAUUGGAAAGCAGGUGUUGGAUCGGAAUCACGUUUUGUGAAUGACGUUUCACCGGCAGAAGGUACUACUUCUCCGAUUGUUAGAUCUUCAUUCGCAAGUCCAGUUAUCCGUACUAAUACUGCAGCGCAUGAUACUCUUCCUCAGCCGGCUAGCUCAUCACGGUUAAAUGGUGUUUUUGGGUUCGAAGACAAUGAGGACGAAGCUACAUAUCGAAAAGGUCGAAAGUUGAAGCCAUUUGAAAUUACUGAAGAGGAUCGAAUUCAAGCAAUGACUCCUGAGGAGCGCAAAAAGCUAAUAAAAGAUUUAAUUGAUCGAAUUCCCACCUCCAAGGAUCAAUUGUUUGCUUUUCCGAUAAAUUGGAAUUACGUCGAUAAAAAUCUUGUGGAACAACGGGUAAAACCAUGGGUUUCAAAAAAAAUCACUGAUUACAUUGGUGAAGAAGAAGCAUCACUCGUAGAUUUUGUGUGUGAGAAGGUAGCUUCUAAAACUGAUCCGCAAAAGAUUCUUGCGGACAUUGCUAUGGUCCUCGAUGACGAGGCGGAAGUUUUUGUUGUAAAAAUGUGGAGGCUACUUAUAUAUGAAAGUGAAGCUAAGAAGCUCGGUUUAGCUAGAAAAUGA